AUGACGUCACCAUCUUACGAGCUGUCUAAACAUGUGGGCCGGAUACUCCAAGCGUCGAUCAACAGCAAAUACAACGUCAAAGAUUCAUUCGAGUUCUGCGAAUUUAUCAAUGACGUCGUUUUGCCUCCAGAUCACAUCCUUGUUUCGUUCGAUGUUGUUUCCCUGUUCACAUGCAUCCCCAGGGACCUCGUUUUAAGCAACAUCAUCAACAAUUGGGAUGCCAUAAAGAAGAAUACUAACAUCAAUUUAGAUAUGUUUCUCGAAAUUGUAAACUUUUGCAUGACCUGCAGUUAUUUUAGAUACAAAAACAAAUUCUACAAGCAAAUAUACGGAACGGCGAUGGGCAAUCCAGUUUCUAGUCCGAUAGCUGAUUUUGUCAUGGAAUCGCUCUUGGACAACGUGACACGGACACUCGAUUUCCAGAUACCAGUUCUAAGAAAAUAUGUCGACGACCUACUGCUAGCUUUGCCCCGCGAACAUGUUGAAAAGACCCUGAUCAACAGAUUGAUUCGAAAAGCGAACGAAACCGACACCCCCCAAAACACACAAGACACACCCACACAACACUACCGAUCCAUAUUACACAUCGACGGCCUAACUGCAAAAGUAAUCCGCGCACUUAAGACGGAUUACCCGCAUGUACGCAUCGGCACCACACAAAAGCACACGAUACGCAGCCUACUGCCUGUGGUCAAAGAUCUGAUAUCGCCGAUCGAUCGCUCCAAUGUGGUCUACCAUAUCCCAUGCGCAGGCGCUCCCGAACGAGAUGAAGAAUGCUCCAAAUGCUAUGUUGGCCAGACCAGCUAUAAACUACGGACUAGAAUGUCGAAACAUAAAUGUGAUGUCACCAAAUUGAAACGCAUAUUAACAACAGGGGCCACAGCGUCAAACCCCAGCAUCCGGGAACUGCGGCAGUCAGCUGUUGUUGAACAUUGUUUCGAACAGGAGCACAUGUUUGACUUCGAUAAAGCCACCGUCCUAGACAGUUCCAACAAACACCGUAGGCACCUAGAGGUACUCGAAAUGUGCUACAUACAAAGUACCCCGAAUACCGUCAACAUCCAGAGCGACACAGACGGGAGAGCAAUCUCGUACGGCGGAGUGUUUCACUCUCUCGCAAACACUCGCAAGCACUCAUGGACGCCGGGUUCUGGCGGUAAAGAAAACGCUACGAAAACUCAAACAAUAAUAACAAACAGUGAGUUGAGUGAUAGAAGUUUUGCCACGGACGUGUUCCAAAACGACGGAGCAGGCGCCGACGCCCUGGCCGAUACCAGAAUAUUGGACACGUAA